UCUUUUUCUACCUUACUCAAUGUAACAAUUACUCCCUUCUCCUUCAUCACUCUCAACACGAUGUGAGUCUGAGUUAAUCGUUCCAGCAAUUGCUACUCCUCGAGAAAUAAAGCAUCUCUCAAACAUAGACGAUCGAGAUGGUCUACGUUUUCACAUAUCAAAUUUAUUUUCUUACGAAUGCAACCCUUCGAUGGAAGGGAUAGAUCCUGCUAAGGUGAUUAAAGAUGCAUUAUCCAAAACACUAGUGUUUUACUAUCCAUUAGCUGGUAGGCUAAUUGAAGGGCCUAAUGGAAAGCUUAUGGUGAAUUGUAAUGGUGAAGGGAUAUUCUGUACAGAAGCCUAUGCAGACGUGGAACUUGAGAUGCUAGGAGAAUCAAUAAAACCUCCACGUCCAUACUUGGAGGAUCUUUUGUACAAUGUACCAGGUUCUGAUAGGAUCAUUCAUUGUCCUCUUAUGUUGAUUCAGUAAGUGAUUUCGUGACAUGCAAAGCUUCCACUGUUCCUUUUAUCAUGCCCGUUUGGCAAUGGGAAAUCCUAAAUGCAAGGACACCACCACGCAUUACAUGCAAGAAUAGAGAGUUUGAAGAGAAAGCUGAGUCAACAAAUGCAUGGUUAGUGAUGGAAAAAGAGUUAAUUCAACGCUCGUUCUUCUUUGGUCAAGAGGAGAUAGAAGCUAUUCGCAGACAAGUUUCAACAAUUCAUCGUUCAAAUGGAAGAUUUGAGUUACUAACCUCUUUUUUGUGGAAAUACUGAACAAUUUCACUCAAUCAAAAUCCUGAAGAGAUUGUGCGUAUGACAUAUUUUGUUACAGUCCGUGGGAGGUUUCGACAUUUGAAAAUACCACAUGGAUAUUAUGGUAAUGCAUAUGCUUGUCCAGCAGCAGUUGUCGAAAUCAGGAAUUUUAAGUACAUAUCCGUUGACGUAUGCUCUUGAAUUAAUCAAGAAAGCCAACGAUCAAGUAAAUGAAGAGUAUUUUAGAUAUAUGGUAGAUCUUAUGGUUAUUAAGGGGAGACCUGGUAUAACACAAUCUUGGAAUUUUAGUAUUUCAAACACAGUUCAUGUAGGAUUUGAUAAGGUUGAUUUUGGAUGGGGAGAACCAAAAUAUGGAGGGGCUGUUAAGGCUGAUUCUUUCUUUAGUUUCUAUGUGGCUUGUAAAAAUAACAAAGGGAAAAGGGGAAUUUUGACAACAAUAAGCUUACCUCCAAGAGCAAUUGAAAGAUUCCAAGAUGCUAUAGAUAAAUUGACUUCAAAUGUCAAGGAAGUACCAAAACUUUAAGGUGGAAUUUGGAUUGGCAAAUAAAUUUGUGUGUUCUUUCCAAUUGAUC